AUGAAAUACUUGGCUGCUUACUUGUUGUUGCUUCAAGGUGGUAACGCCGCCCCAACCGCUGCUGACAUUAAGAAGGUCGUUGAGGCCGUUGGUGUCGAGGCCGAGGAAAGCAGAAUCUCUGCUUUGCUCUCUUCCUUGGAAGGCAAGGGCUCCAUCGAGGAGAUCGUUGCUGCUGGCCAAGCCAAGUUGGCUACCGUCCCAGUUGGUGGUGCUGCUGUUUCUAGCGGUGGUGCUGCUGCUGCCGGUGGUGCCGCUGGUGAGGAGGCUGCCGAAGAGAAGGAGGAAGAGGCCGCUGAGGAAUCCGACGACGACAUGGGUUUCGGUUUGUUCGACUAA